CAGCAGGGGUCAAUUCCGUCUACUUGCCCAGUGACACAGGAGGGGAACAAAAAGUGGGCUGUAACUUAAAGAUCUUAAGACUCACGAGUGAGGGGUUGGUCUGGAGGAAGCUCCUCCUGGGAGGAGGGAGUGACACUGAGGAGGAGACAGUGGCUCAGGAGGGUGCACGGAAGUGUCUUAGCUGAGGCUAGAGAGGGUGCAGGGGAGACAUCCUCCAGGGUCCAGCAUCCAGAGCAGCUCCUCCUGAGGGCUGGGAAGGGCGCUGAGCAUUUCUGCCCCUCUGGCCCUCUGAGGCUCAAGCCAGAAGCUCGGGGCAUUUGCUGCAGCUGACAGAGCCACGGAGCUGGUACCUGAGGGAGCCCCUGCCCACCUUCUCCCCGCUCCCCAGCAUGGAGGAAGGCGGAGAUUUCGACAACUACUAUGGGGCGGACAACCAGUCCGAGUGUGAGUACACGGACUGGAAGUCCUCGGGGGCUCUCAUCCCUGCCAUCUACAUGCUGGUCUUCCUCCUGGGCACCACGGGCAACGGCCUGGUGCUCUGGACGGUGUUUCGGAGCAGCCGGGAGAAGAGGCGUUCAGCUGACAUCUUCAUCGCCAGUCUGGCCGUGGCCGACCUGACCUUCGUGGUGACCUUGCCACUGUGGGCCACCUACACCUACCGGGACUAUGACUGGCCCUUUGGGACCUUCUCCUGCAAGCUCAGCAGCUACCUCAUCUUCGUCAACAUGUACGCCAGCGUCUUCUGCCUCACUGGCCUCAGCUUCGACCGCUACCUGGCCAUCGUGAGGCCGGUGGCCAAUGCCCGGCUCAGGCUGCGCGUCAGCGGGGCGGUGGCCACGGCCGUCCUGUGGGUGCUGGCCGCCCUCCUGGCUGUGCCCGUCAUGGUGUUCCGCUCCACAGGGGACUUGGACAAUAACACCAAGGUGCAGUGCUACAUGGACUAUUCCCUGGUGGCCACCCCGGGCUCAGAGUGGCCCUGGGAGGUGGGCCUGGGGGUGUCGUCCACCGCCGUGGGCUUCGUGGUGCCCUUCACCAUCAUGCUGACCUGUUACUUCUUCAUCGCCCAGACCAUUGCCGGCCACUUCCGCAAGGAGCGCAUCGAGGGCCUGCGGAAGCGGCGCCGGCUGCUCAGCAUCAUCGUGGUGCUGGUGGUGACCUUUGCCCUCUGCUGGAUGCCCUACCACCUGGUGAAGACGCUCUACAUGCUGGGCAGCCUGCUGCACUGGCCCUGCGACUUCGACCUCUUCCUCAUGAACGUCUUCCCCUACUGCACCUGCAUCAGCUACGUCAACAGCUGCCUCAAUCCCUUCCUCUACGCCUUCUUCGACCCCCGCUUCCGCCAGGCCUGCACCUCCAUGCUCUGCUGGGGCCAGAGCACGUGCGGGGCCAGCUCCCACAGCAGCAGCGGGGAGAAGUCUGCCAGCUACUCUUCGGGGCACAGCCAGGGGCCCGGCCCCAUCGUGGGGAAGGGCGGAGAGCAGACACACGAGAAGUCCGUCCCCUACAGCCAGGAGACUCUUGUGGUGGACUAGGGCUGGGACCCCAGGGAAGCCUGUCUCCUGGGACCUGCCCAACCUCUGCCCUCGCUCUCUGAGAACCAGGUAGCGCGCCUGCACCUUCUCCUGGCACCUGCCCCCUGCCCCGGCUCCUUCUCACCCUCCUCUCACUUCUUUAUUCUUUCUUAGACCUUUGUGAUCUAGCAGACAGAGGCUGAGCUCUGCAGACAGACUUGUGCUCAGCUACUUACGUCUGUAAGACUGGCCUGGUCCAAGUCUCUCAGCCUUUCUGAGCCUCACUUUCCCUCUGUAUAAAUGGAGGAAGAUCAUCUGGACCCUCCCACAUCGAUGCGUGAGAACUGAUCAAACUGUGUUUCCUUCCACCCUUUUCUUGGAUCUUGGGUCCUCUUUUCUCUCUCCUUCCUGCGAGUUUCCCUCUAACCCUGCGAGUUUUGCUGUUAAUCCUCACCUUCUGGCUCCAGCCUCUCUCCUCCUGUGGCUCCCCAUCUCGGGCCUUCCCUCAUCCUCCUUUACUUCGGUCCUGCAGGGCUCCCAAGGGUUAAGGAUCCUGAAGCUUGCAGAGACUGACCCUGCUCCUGCCCUUAUCCUGCUUUCUGAAAGCCAGCUCGGGAGUGGACGGGCGUAGGGAUGAGCUGUGUGUCAGCAAAGGAUUAACGCUCCUGUUGCCAGGGCCAGGAGCUCCAGGACGUUCCCUAAAACUGGAUCAGUUCACUGUCAUUUCAGGCACCAGGGCCACUGUGAUCCUUGUAGAGAGCUUCCCUUCUUGCAGAGUCUCUACCAUACUGAACAUGGAUCUCUUAAGAUCCUUUCCUUCUUCCUCUAUCAUUGGUGAGAAUUGGAAAGCAAUGGGCUGAUGAACCUGCGGAUUCCUUGGCUGACCACAGGAACAGGGAGUUGGGAAGGGAGGACAGAGAGAGAGGGGCUGGAGGGCUGCCUGUGCUGGUCUGUGUACUGCUUGGCUCCCCACUCCCCGAAUCCCAUCCCUCCAGCCUCCCAGGGAACUGUGAACCUCCGGUCUUUCUCCGGCCUCCUCCUCCCACUCCAUCACCUCUCAGAACUUUGUCCUGGGCACUGGUGCCAAAAAGUCACUUGGUUGGGGUGAGGAUGCUUGCUUUUUGUCUGCAUGAAUCUAUAUAUAAAUAUAAACACACGUAUAUCCAUAUGGAUGACCAUAACACAAUGAAUGUCAUGGAGGCAUGGACUUGGAUGAAUCCCUGCCCCCUCAAUCCCCACGGCUCCUCGGCUUGUCACACUGUACCCUUAAAGGAAGAAGGGACAUAUGGAGGCAAUAUAGAAUAAAAAUGAGUCCACUCCCCACUGGAUUUGGGGGCUCCAACGGCUGGUCCGUGCUUUAAGAUGUCUUUGUUUGACCUGGUUGUCUACAGGGACAUCCUUCCCAGGAGUGUCUGGUGCCCAAGGCUUGGGCAGGAAGUCCUGCUGAGCUGGGUCCCCUUUCCUGCUCUAAUUCCAUGGUGGGAAGAAGAGGCUGGUCAGCGGUUCCCUUGGCUCCUCUCCACACCUCCCACCCUGCUUUGAGUUUAUUUCUCUCAUUUAUCUUCCUUUUCCCAGUGUCAGUGGUCUCCUUCCCAAGGAGGGGGUCAGAGGCACAGGGUGGGCUUUUUCUUCCCUCCCCACCAGGACUGAAUCUCCUGGCUUGAGAUACUGGGUGGGGAAGCUGGGGACAGUGAGUGGAGCAGCCAUGCAGGGGCGGGUGGCCUGGUGUCCAUACUGCCUGAGGAACCUCAAGGACAAAAUGAAUAGUGGGGGCUUUUCGAGCUGGAAAGGGGGUGUGCAUAUUCUGGGUUUUGUUCUUGAAGGACUCUGGAAAUGAAGGAGAAGACGUGGACAGAGACGGGAAGAGCCCAGCUUGAUGUAAAUGGACAUGUUGACCAUCCCUGGGAUGGAGACUGACCUGGGAACAGAGGGGGAACAGGGGGGAAAUGACUUCUCUCAGCUUAGUCCCCCCAUCUCAGGCCAGCAUGUCCCACAGUGGCCAAGGGCCACCCUCAAAGCAUCCAGUUGAGACUGGAGGAGGCUCUAGAAGGCCAGAGGGUGCCUUUGAGACUCUCCUGAGUGAACUUCAGAGACCACUCAUGCAUGGUCUGGGACAGCUGGCAGAGAGGCUGCCUCCCUCCCCAUUCACCUUCUGCAGAAUGUCUGUGCUCCUUUCUGACCCUGUUAGUCACUGUGUUCAUCAAAUAAAACUGU